UUUUUCCUUUUUCUUCUUCACUAUCAAGAAACCAUUUUUUUUAAAGAAAAUGAUUAGCCAUUGACCCUUGAAGCUCCUCCUGUGUCAUUAUCUGAAAUAAUCUCCCGUUGUAUUCCUUCAACGUCACAAGUCCACAUAAUCCAAAUUUCCGGGCAACAGAAUCACACUAGAAAGAUUUCUCUCACUCUCACUCUCUUUUCAUUAUUAAUUCUUGCAUAUAUAAUAAUAUAUAUAUAUAAGUGUGUGUGUGUGUACACAUAUCUUUGUUCGCUUUCAUUGAUGAUAUGCCUUUGAAUUGUUCAAGUCUGGCUAUAAAAGUCCCACAUAGGUUGGGUUUGGGUCCAUGGAAAGGGAAUCACAGAAACGAGUCGGCACCCAAUCACAGCCAUGUGACAAGCUUGUUCCUUUCUUCUUUUCCUUGCAAGAAAACCCCCAUUGGGUGUUUGUCUAAGUUCAACCAGAGCUCUUGUUUUUCGGUAAUGGAACAGGAGGAGAAGAGCCCGGUGCGCCGCCCAGAAUCUUCAUCGGAUGCAGAAGAGAAGCGUUCUCAGGCGGACAAGGAAUUGGAAUUGGCCGUUAGAGCGGUUCAAAUGGCUUGCUCUCUUUGCCAGAGAGUUCAACAGAGUUUAAUCUCAAAGACUAGCAGUGAUAUCCAAUCCAAAGAGGACAAUUCUCCCGUCACUGUUGCAGAUUGGAGUGUCCAAGCAACGGUGAGCUGGGUACUCUCCGAGGCCUUAGGAAGCAGAAAUGUGUCCAUUGUUGCUGAAGAAGAUGUUGAAAGUCUCUCCAAGGCUAGUGCUGCUGGGCUAUUAGAAGCCGUAGUGACAACUGUGAACAAAUCUCUAGCUGAUGCUCCUCAUUUUGGACUUAAAGGUCCAAACGUGCCCCUCGGGUCUUCUGAGGUUCUUGAAGCGAUUAGUCGAUGCAACUCAAAUGGAGGACCUAUAGGAAGAUUUUGGGCACUUGAUCCUGUUGAUGGAACAUUGGGAUUCGUCCGAGGGGAUCAAUACGCUAUAGCUCUGGCGCUCAUUGAAGAUGGAGAGGUUGUACUUGGAGUUCUUGGGUGUCCUAACUACCCCAUGAGAAAAGAAUGGCUAGCUUAUCAUCACCGCUAUCAUAGAAUUGUCUCGAAGUUGACGCCACCAACCUCAGAAUCAUGGGACAAAGGAUGCGUGAUUUAUGCUAGGAAAGGAAGUGGCAAGGCCUGGAUGCAACCUCUACUCCAUGUUAACAAGAAGUUAGUGUGGCCAAACUCUGCAAGGCCAGUACGAGUUUCCCCCAUUGACAACCCAUCAAUGGCAACCUUUUGUGAACCAGUUGAAAAAGCAAAUUCGAGCCAUUCAUUCACAGCUGGUCUAGCUCACAGUGUGGGGCUAAGGAAGCAACCUUUACGAGUAUAUAGCAUGGUGAAAUACGCAGCCAUAGCUCGGGGAGAUGCUGAGAUUUUCAUGAAGUUUGCGAGAGCCGGCUACAAGGAGAAGAUAUGGGAUCAUGCAGCCGGUGUUCUUAUAAUACAAGAAGCCGGUGGUAUGGUAACAGAUGCUGGAGGUCGGCCACUGGAUUUUUCAAAAGGUACGUACCUUGAAGGUCUUGAUCGAGGCAUAAUCGCUAGUGCAGGAGCCACUCUACAUGAAAAGAUUAUCAAGGCUGUAGAUGCUAGCUGGGAUUCCUCUAGUCUAUAAAAUGUUCUUCUGGUUAACACCAAUGAUAACACAGAGCCAUGAAAACAUUAAACAGGGUAAGGGGAUUGUAAAUCAGCCAUUUAUAAUUUUUUUUUCUCGUUCUUGAUUAAUGGUAAUAUCAUUAUAAACCAGCCUUCUUUAAUUCAAGCCAGGGAUACAUGCAUGCAAAACGAACAAAUAACAAUGUUUGCUAUGAAGGAAUAGCAUUGUUAUCUUAUCCCACAUGAAAAUGAAUUAGCUUGAGAUGAAAAGCUGAUGAAGUUUGUAUAAUAAGAUAAUUUAAGGGAGUCAUGCUAUGUUUUAGGACUGGUUUUGCUGUAAAUAUAGUUUGUACAAAUAAUGAAUAUCGUCCAAGUAAUCUUUUUCUUA